AUUUGAUUUUCUGUAAUAUGUUUAUUAUUAAAAAUGAAUAGCAGAUAUCAAAUAAACUUGAAGUAAAAGCUAGGAAGUGGGGUGUAUGGAACUGUAUAUGCAGCUUUUGACACACUAACAAAUGAAAUCGUAGCUGUAAAAUAAAUGAGCAAAUAAGAACUGGGAUUAGACAACAAAAUCUUUAGAUAAGAAGUUGAAUCUAUGUAAAGUAUACCAUAUUAAGAUGGGUAAAAUGGAUCAUAAUAUUUAAUAAGGUAAUAUAAAUAAUGUAAUUAAUAAAAGGUAUAAGGAUUUCUAUUAAUGCUCUAAUUUCAAUAAUAUUGUAAUGGAAUGUUUUAAAGACUCUUUGGAUCUUAAUUCUUAUAUUGAAAAGAAAGGUUAGAUUUGUGAAGAUGAUGCGCUAUAGAUAUUUCAUUAGAUUGCUUCAGGAAUAAGUUUCUUACAUGAUAUGCAUAUUGUACACAGAGAUAUAAAGCCAUCAAAUAUUUUAAUUAGAACGAAACCAAAAUUAGAAAUUAAAGUUAUUGAUUUUGGAUUCGCAAGACUAUUGAAUGAUGAAUAAACUACUUCAAGAACAUAUGUUGGAACUCCAAUGUACAUGAGUCCAUAAACAAAAUUAUUGUAUUGAUUGGACUAUUAAUUAAAAUUUAGAUCACAAUAUGAUCCAUAUGCUAACGAUAUUUGGAGUUUAGGAGUUUUAUUAUUUUUUAUGAUUACUUAACAUUAUCCUUGGAGAGCUAAGAAAAGUGAUUAAUUAGAAAAAGAAAUGCUUAAUUAUGUAGCAUAAUAAAUUUAGAUCAAUAUUAAUGGUAUUCCAUAAUAUGCAAAAGAAUUAAUUGUGGAUUGUUUAUAGGUUGAAGAAUCAGCAAGAAUCAAAGCUAAUGAUUUAGCCUGGAAAACUAAGAGAAUCUUAUAAAUAAUUAUAGAAAAAUCAUGUCAACCUAUUUUUAGAGUGCCUAGAUUUAAAUGGGAAUAAUUUGAUGGAUAUAGACCUAAUCUAUAAUAUCCUUUUAUUUGUAAAGAAGAACUUAAUUAGUUGGAGUUAUGA